GUGGUGCAGGUGAGGCUGAGCGAGAGAGAGAGAACCAGCCCAAAUGGGGUCGCCCUUCGCUUCGGCCGCGGCUGAGUGCCGAUUUUUGAACUUUUUUCGAAUCCCGCCUCACGGUCUAACGGCUUAACCGCUACCCGCUCCGGCAGUUUCCGAAACUCAGGAACUUUUCAGUUGUUCCACAGACUUCUUUUUUAAAGUUUCCCCUCUGCUAAAGAGGCCGAGCGCUCGCGCUCAGUUCCUCUUUCGCCUCAUGAGACGCAGGGGAAAAGGGCGGGAAAGGCGUGGUGAGGCGAAGGAGGAGGAGAAGGAGGAAGCGCGCAGGGCCAACUUGGCUGGGCCAACUCAGAGCCUCAGGCGAGCGAUUUCGAAAGCCGCUUCCCCUCCUUCGCCCCCUCGGAGGCGGCGCCGAGCCGGUUUCAGCACCCCCCGCCGCUACACACCUGCCAAACCUUCGCCGGCGGCCUUAUGGCAGCCACACCGUCCGCGGCUGCUGCCCUGAGCCGCUUGCGGAGCGCCCUGAGCAGGCUCGGGCGAGGGAGGCUGCCCUGGUGGAGCCGGAGCUGGCCGGGCGCCCCCUGGGGACGGCCUUCGUGCGGCCGCCUUCUCAGCGGCGGCCGUUGCCUCUCUCAGGCGAGCGACCCCUUCCUGAGGGGGAGCUAUGGCGAGGUGUCCCGGAGGGCGGCCGAGGCGCCCGGGGCUUUCUGGGGGGCGCUGGCUCGGGAGGCGCUGCUGUGGGACGCCGCGCACCACACCGACUGCGAGUGGGAUUUCGCGCAGGGCCGCGUCCGCUGGUUCUUGGGCGGCCGCUUAAAUGUGGCGGGUAAGGAGCGCCUUCCUUGGGCAGGAGGGGCGAGGAGUUGCCCCUGGCGCGCACACAUCUUAUAUAUAUAUAGCUAUAUAUCUCUCUCUCCUCGGUCCGUCUUCUCAUUCCUCGAGUCCUUCGGGUUUCGAAAGCUUAUCUAAUUCAGUGCCUGGAAGUCACCACCCAAGUGAUAUGGAAAGCCAGGCGCCUGCAAAGUGAUGAGGUGGCUGUUAAUGCGGCGAAGAGAAAGAAAAUAAGGGGUCGAAUGCGCUCUGCAGAUGCUCAGAGGCACCUGCAUUGUGUCAGGUCGGGCCUUUUCGAUCGGCCCUGCUGCGAAAAACAAGUUUUCGGGCCUGAGGUGUGGCUUUCUGGAGCUGGGCUCAAGAAGCCCGCAUGAGUUGUAAGACUACACAAGUUUUCCAGUGCAGAAUGCCCCGAAUUCAAAUAUCUUUGGCAUCUGCAGUUCAUAGGGUGCCUAGGAUAGGAAAGAGUUUUGCAAUAAGACCUCGAAGAGUCAACCUAAAAAAGGAAAAAAAUUAGCUGUGGCUCUUAGGAUAAUGCAUCUUCAUAUUUAAAACACAUUUUCUCCCCACCAUCGGCUGUGCAUUUGUGAAAGCCAAUGUGGCCCUGUGAAUAGAGUACAGGAAAUAGAGUUCAAAGUAGACAAACAAGCUUUUUCAGAAUUGUCAGCUCACAUAAUGGAAGCAACCUUUGUUUUGUGUGAUGCAGGUGGCCUUCCUUAAGGAUAUGCUGGGAGGGAAAGCAAUAUGCAAAUAAGUGAAUUGCUCAUUAUUUUUAUUUUAUUGGGUCUGAGGUCACAGGUGGCUUAUCAUUCUCAUAUGACAUUUUUUUUGCUGCUGUGGUUUUUGUGAGGUAGGGAAGCAGCAUUUUCAUCUUACAAAUUAAUAGCAUUUAAAUACUUUGCUGCGGGGAGGGGGGGGAAAAGCAUUUUACCUCCAGUGGACAUUUCCAUUGGUGCUUGGAAAUACCACAUGGAAUGCGGUUGAGCAAGCAUUGCAGGGCCUACCUUAUUUAUACUGUAUAGUCAUAUAUCAACAUAAAAGGCAGAUUAUAAGAACAGAAGACUAGCCUGCUGGAUCAGGCCAAUUGCCCAUCUAGUCCAGCAUCCUGUUCUCACAGUGGCCAGCCAGAUGCCUGUGGGAAACCAAGGAGCAGAACAUGAGCACAAGAGCAUUCUCCCCUCCUGUGUUUUCUAGCAACUGGUAGUGGGAAACAUUGCUGCCUCCAAAGUAAUAUGAACAAAAAACAGGUCCCUGUCCCAAAGAACUUACGAAGAACUUUUGCAGGUAUAUAUAUUUUUUUACCAAAGAACUUAAAAGUCAUAAUUACUUAAAGCUCUCUGAGAGCUCUUUUGGGUGGCAAUUUUGCAUACUCCUGGUUGCUUGCUGUGUACCAUAUUGAGAGUGUGGGAAGCAGAAUAAAAUGAGUACCCUUGCCGUGUGUGUGUGAUUAUGAUGCACACAGGUUGGAUAUAUACUAAAAGCAUGUCUUUCAACAUUUGAGAUUGCCAUAUAGGUUUACCUCAUGAUUAUAUUGAUUGAUUUAUUAUUAUUUCAGGUGGCAGCUUUUUCUAUUGAUUAACCCUGAGAAUGAGCAUAGUCCCUGGAUGUUGGCUGCAAAGUGCAUGUCAUUUCACAUUGGCCUACAAACAUUUCAUGCAUUAGACUUUGCAGUUAUAUUCAAACAGUUAAGCACAAAUAAAUAACAGUAUUAACAUGUUAGAUCCAUAAUUCCGACCCCAUCAAGGGUUACUGUGCUCCACUAAAAAGAAAACUAGACACCAAAGCCCUUUAAUUUGCUGUCCUGUUUUUCCACAGAGUUGUUAAAAAUACAAACCACCACUUGCUUCCUUCAUUGUUUUAGACUCUUCACAUCUGCUCCACAACCUUUUAACCACCUGGCUGACCUCAGAUCUUCUGGAAACUACCAUCUGUUUUAAAACUAGAUUGGCCAUUUUUUCUAGUUUGGGCUGAUUCUUUUGUAACUGUUGCAUUAACAAGCUAGAUAUAGGAUGGGCUUAGUUUGACUAGUAGAAAAUAAGGUGUUGUCCUAUCAAAAAGCUAUUCAAUGCCAUAAGAAUGUACAGUGGUGCCUCGCAAGACGAAAUUAAUUCGUUCUGCGAGUUUUUUCGUCUUGCGAAAUUUUCGUCUUGCGAAGCACGGUCUAGUCGCAACUGCACCUCUUCAAGCGGUUUUAAGAAAAAGGAAACAAACUUGCAAGACGUUUUCGUCUUGCGAAACAAGCCCAUAGGGAAAUUCGUCUUGCGAAGCAACUCAAAAAACGAAAAACUCUUUCGUCUUGUGAGUUUUUCGUCUUCCGAGGCAUUCGUCUUGCGAGGUACCACUGUAAAUGAAACAGCUUCCAGAAGCUUUCCUUGCAAAAGAACCUAUUGUUAGAUUUUUGAAAAUCCUGCUGUUAAAAAUAAGACAUGUAUAAAUAAAGGCCUUGUAAGACAUAUACUGUACAGCAUGUACUUUUACAUGAUUCUACAGAAAGAGUGAAUGUAUCAAUACUGAAACAUGGAAAGCUCAAGGAGCUAUAGUUGGUGAUGGUGCUAACCACUUAAUUCAACACAAAUUCCUCUUAAAUAGUUGCUAUGGGCACUACAUUUUUCUGGUACAUGGAAUGCUUGUUGCUAGGAAGCUUCAUCUGUGGAAGUUGAACUUGGCUUUGUGGUAAAAGCACAAUUUGUUCCCACACCUCCUGCUUUUAAAACUUGGAUAGUAAAUGAAACUGCUAGCAGAUGAGGAUGUGAUUUCUCUUUAUUAUUGGUUUUCUGCAGGGUCUGUAAUACUAAAAUGCUUUGUGACAAUUUUUUUUUUAAAUAAAAAUCUAACUUGACCACAGUUGACAAUUGAAAAAAUGACCUACAACCUCUCCAAAUAUUAUGUACUUAGCAUGAGACUGAAUUUUUUUUUUUUGCUCCUGCAUCCCUUUUCCUUUUUGUCAUGUCAUAAUGGUUUAUCAUAUAUUUCAGCAAUUACAGAAGUAUAAAUAACAAAAAUGAAGAUUAACCAAUAGAAAAACAGUUCCAUGAGCUUUAACAUUGAUUCUGUUACUUUAAUGGGAUGGACAAGCCAUGCACCCUCAGUCCCUGCCUUAUUUUUUAUUUGGAACAGACUAUUACUCCCACAUGCCCUGCUUUGAAAGAAGCUGAAUAUACCGAAGGUUUUCCCUGUCUAUUUGUCUUGGUAAUUUUCUUUUUUCUCCUUUGGCAAAGAUUAUUCAAAGUAGAAUUAUAAGUUUAAUGCUAAACAUAAUGAAUCUGUGACUGUAGACUUCGAGCAUAUUCAAUUACAUAUUGAAAAAUUAAGGAAAAAUAGUGAAAGAUGAAGCUAUUUGAGGUUCUUACUGUACAAUGUUGGGGACCAACAAUGAGAGAGGGCUAUUGCAUUUGUGCCUUGCUUGUGAAUUUCCUAGAGGCAACUGAUUCUGCUGUCAAAGUCAUAAAGUAUGUGUUAGUGCAGCUUUGGUAGAUGAGAACUGAACAUUUUGGCUUUAGCAUUCCAAAAAUGCUUUUUUAAUAGCUGCUUUUCUCCUGUAAAGUUGUUUAUAAUACCAGGAUCUUAAUUUUUGUUGUGUUAAGUAAUACUAAAGAAUAGGUGAAAGUGCCUCUCAACAUGUGCUAUGCAGAGUGCUGAUCCCUCAUUGCCAAAUGAAUUUGUGUGCAAUCAAUAGGGUUCUAAUUGUAAUCACUGUUUUAACUAGCAAUAACAAGGUAAUAAGAUUUUAAAUCCACAGUGGUUCAUUAUAAAGUAAGUGGCUCUGAAUCCCUCUUAUAGGAACUGGUGUCCCCAUGGCUGUUUGCCGCUAGCUGUGAUUGCAUAAACAGUGGCUAUCACCACCCCCACUAAAGUUGUGUGCUAACCUUAGCAAAUGAGGCACAUGAGAUGAUACACUUUCAGCAAAAGCUCAGGCUACAGUAAUCCUGGAACAGUACUACUUUAUAGGGGAAGGGCUGUAGCUCAGUAGUAGAGCAUCAUCUUUGCAUGCAGAAGGUCCCAGGUUCAAGCAUCUGUUGGGAAUGUUCCCUGCCUGAAAUCCUGGAAAGCCAUUGCCAGUCAGAGUCAGUUCCACCUGUGGGGUGGUUGUGGGAAGUGGCAUGAUUAAUGUUCUCAUGGGUGUAGCCAGGUUUUUUUUUGGGGGGGGGAAGGGAGGACUGACAUGAUUGGUCAGUUAAGGAUAUUACUUGAUGGGGGGGCAACUGGCCCCCCUUGGCUACACCCAUGAUUGUUCUCCAUAUAAAAAAAGCUUGCUUUCUUUAGAAACAAUUACAGUAGAGGUUAUGUUAGGAUCUUUCUCCCCACUUCCUCUCUGUUAAUUUAAAUACAGUUGCACUCAUUUACACUUACAGUUCAUUUCAGUUAAUAAAAAAGAUACAGCUGUUUCUCUAACAGCUGCUCUGUUAACCAUGUUUACUCAGAAUUAAGUUCCACAGAGUUCAGUAGGCCUUAACUCUCUAGUCACAGUGCUUAGGAUUGCAUCCUUCAUUAUUCCAAUUGUUCUCAUUCAAAGUGCAACACAGCUUCAUAAAACUCAUGGGAUUUAAACCUAGGCACAUCAGUUCUUUAACACUUUCUGGAUGUGAGUUUCUAUUUUCAACCAUUACCUAUUUUCAACAAUUACCACAGUGAUCAGGUUUCAUCAUUGCAGUUGACAUGCUGGAGAAAUCUACAGUAAAGUCACAGAUGACAUUUUCCAGAAAUGCCACAUUUUCUUCAGCUGCUUCUUUUUACAAGUUAAUAUUCUACAAGGUGAGGGUGUUAAAGUUACUCACAGAUGGCUUAUUAUGCUGAAAGAAACUGCUUUAGAAUCCAUUUCAAUUUGAUCAUUGACUAGCAUUUGGUCCAAUUCUUUGUAGUUUACAUGUGACAUUGUUCAAAAUUCAACAGGAAGAGCUGCCAACUUUCAUUUAUUUUAAUGGAGCUUUCUAUAUUAUGCACACUUUUGUUAAUUAUAUUUUGACUCCAUUUGCUCUACUUAUCACUUUCUCUUCUUAUCUUCAUAUCACUGUUGUAUGCAUUCUUACUUAGAAGAUGAGAAUAACUUGCUUAAAUUGGUUUAGAGUUGAUGUGUUAAUGUUUAAUGGGGGGAAUGUAUCUUGUCAUACAUGUUUCAUAGAAGAGGAUAGCAAAUUGCAUUGUAAUAAAAGGGUAAAAAGAAAAAAAUGAUUAUAAGGUGGAAUAUAAAAAUAUUUAAAAAUAAGUAGAAUUUAGCUAAAAAGCAAUCAAGUCACCAGUGUAUAGAAAUAAUCAAGGUCAUGAAAACCAUUUAAAUGUUAAAUAUUAAGGAAGAGAAGAGUUAAAUGACCUAGUUAAGCUACCAUUGCCAUACACAUAAGAGUUGAAAAGGUACUUGAACGUGGCUGGAAUAAUUAAAGGACUCUAGUGCUGCUUUUGUUUAUUGAAGAAGCCUUAAUUUUCAAGGAUGUUAUAGUUGGUCUCAGGCAUGGGGGUGGGGAACAUACAGUGAAAUUAAGUAUUUUACUGAAUAAUUUUCCCAGUAAAGUUUCUCUAAGCUUUGUACAGUGAAGAACUGUCCUUGAUUGUUGAUUACAGUAUUUGUAAAUAGAGGACUCCCUUAGGGUCAAUUAGAAGAAAAGGACACCAACAAGGGCAUUGAAGGGAUUGGCUGAAGAGCACAACACUACAGUAUUAGGUUUCCAAAACAUGAGCUUAUAAUUACAAAACAUAUGCAUUUUUAGAAGGGUGAAACAUACAGUAAUUACACAACAGCUGUCUACAGCAAAAUCUUAUGGCCAAACUUCAACUUUGAUUUUAAAAGGCCUUUAAGCGCUGGAAAGAGGGCCUGGUAAACUCAAAGCUGAGGGAGAAUUGUGUGUAUCAGUCAUCCUGUGCUUAGGAGGCAGGACUCCUUUCAGUAUGUUAUACACAUUCCAAUCCCUCCACAUAAUUGUAAUAUUUAUGCAGGCCUUAGUUAGAGGCUAUAUUUUUCAAUAAAUAUAAAUAGAUAGAUAAAUAAAUAUUAUGCAUAUAUUCCUGGCUUACAUACCAAUCACAUAGCUCUUGUUUGCCUGGUUUUAGACUGUAGGUGGUCUAAACUACAAAGAUCAUCAACAACCCAUGAAGGGAGUUAGUCAGUUGUGGCCAUCUUGUGUUAUAAACAGAAUCAUACUGUCAAAGUUUCAACAACUGUACAGUGGUACCUCGGGUUACAUAUGCUUCAGGUUACAUACGCUUCAGGUUACAUACUCCACUAAGCCAGAAAUAGUGCUUCAGGUUAAGAACUUUGCUUCAGGAUAAGAACAGAAAUCUGGCUCUGGCGGUGCGGCGGCAGCAGGAGGCCCCAUUAGCUAAAGUGGUGCUUCAGGUUAAGAACAGUUUCAGGUUAACUACGGACCUCUGGAACGAAUUAAGUACUUAACCCGAGGUACCACUGUAUAUGGCAACCAUAUCUAAUGACAUCCUUACAUUUACUGCCUCAGAAUUCUUGUAGAUGCUUGACUGUAGCGUAUGUUUAUGAACUAAACUGAUAUACAGUGCAAUUUCAUUUAUUUUAAUGAUUCUGAAUACUGUACUUUGAUGCUCUUGACUAUUUCAUUGGGACAUUAUUGUAGAUUUGCAUGAUCAGAGGCUUUUUAAAUAAAUUAUAUUUGUUCAUUAUCUUUUAAAAAUAUUAACAGCACAAGUUGAUUAUCAAAUCUGACACUUUAGAAUCUACUGUAAAUGUUGCUUUUUUAUAAUUUGUUUCUGUGCAGUUAACUGCUUGGACCGAUAUGCACAACAUUCUCCAGAGAGAGUGGCUUUGAUCUGGGAAAAAGACGAGCCUGGCACUGAGGAGAAAGUCACCUACAGGUAUGACUUCAGAAUGUGUCUUAUAUUGCAGUUGGGGCGUGCUUACUGCCUACUUCAAGAUGAGCUUUUGUACAAAAUCUUUUCCAUUCUUUGAUGAUGGCCAGCCUAAAGAAGAGGAAUCAGUCCAGGAGUAGUGGUGAACAAGAUGGCAAAGACAACCAGUGUUUUUUUAGCAGAGCGGUUCCCAAUUUUUCUGCUGCUCCAGAGAAGCGGACACGGAGCAAUGGAUCCAAACUACAAGAAAGAAGAUUCCACCUAAACAUUAGGAAGAACUUCCUGACAGUAAGAGCUGUUCAACAGUGGAAUUUGCUGCCAAGGAGUGUGGUGGAGUCUCCUUCUUUGGAGGUCUUUAAGCAGAGGCUUGACAACCAUAUGUCAGGAGUGCUCUGAUGGUGUUUCCUGCUUGGCAGGGGGUUGGACUCGAUGGCCCUUGUGGUCUCUUCCAACUCUAUGAUUCUAUGAUUCAAAUAGUGGGUUAGAACCCAGCAGUAGAUUGAUGGGACAUUUGGCGGUAGCUGAGCAGCCAGUCAGAAAGGGGCUACUGGAAACCAUGUGGCAAUGUAGCCUAAAGAAUAUUCAUAACUGCUCAGUUGUCAUUAACAGGUAUUUAAUAAAACAAAAUUUCAUUAUUAUGAUUAAAUAAUUUCUGAACCACUUAAUAUAUUAAAAAUAUGUCUACAAAAAAACAACGGAUGAAUUAAUCUAUUACAAAAUAUUACAAAAGUACAGUUACAUCUAAACAUAGUUACACAUAGAAAUGUAACAAAAAUUUGCCUGACAAUGCUAUUUCAACACAUGUACAGUAAGAAGCUAGGUGUGUCAGAAGAGGAAAUAUAGUUUGCAAUCAAACUGAAGCUAGUGUAAGAAAAAGGAACCAGUCCACAUGGAUGUGAGGUCUUUCUGCAAAUGAACAUGUAAGAAAAAUGUAAGAAUAUCUCUGUGCAACCCACCUUGGAGGAUUUGUAGUGCCUCAUCACAAUCCUGGAUUGCCAAGAAACCAAGUUAGGGUAGAGGAGCAAAAGUGAAAGCUGGUUGCACAACAGCGGUGGCCUUGGCAUGGGGGUGACACUGACAGGGGAGAGUGGUGGUUUGGAACAAUGGCAGAAGUAUGAGUGAAGUGCUAUGAAUUAUUUCAGAGCUGUGCAUUCUUUAUCUGUCUCACAUGAGACAGCAAGGGAAUGGAAGAGGAAGAAGUUUCAGGACAGCAAGAAGGGGGGAUACUGAAAGGAAAUGAGUGGCUCUUCUAAACAGUGGCAGGGGUAAAUUGGUCAUGGGAGGGAAAUUGUGGUUGUAAACAACAGCAGAGAUUGUACCUUAACACAGUGUAUUUCACUCCUGGAACCAUUUGCUAUCUUCAACAUGAUGUUCCAGAUGCAAAGUAAUAAUUUAGAAAAUAUAUGUUAUUACCAAGCAAGCACUCACAUGCACACAACAUCCAUAAGCUGAAGUUAACCUUCUCUAACUGAACAAGCUAACUGACUGACUUGCUGUUAAGAUUCUACUCAAUUUAAAGCUACAGCAACAUAUACUAUCAUGGGGUGUGCGCACAGAGGGGGCUGCAGAACAGGGGGGAGAAUGAGGCAUGAAAACGGUAAGGGCGGGGUUGUCUGUGUUCAAGGGAUAGUUGAAAAAAGGAGGUAGGAAAGGGAGACUGGCUGGCACAGACCUUGUCUUCUUAAUGGCUCAUCACCUUGAUCUUUGUUUUCCAGACUGGCUCUUCUCCCAGGUGAUUGCCUGUAUGGGAAACUAAUUUGGCCUGUUUGGCUAAAACCAGCAUCUGGCAGCCCAUUUUAAUACUCCAAGCCUUGAUUAAACUCCAAUACCCACUAGACCCAGGAAUUUAGGGGAGCAUCUGACACCAAUAAAUUUAGGGGAAUCAAGGCACCCACAAACUUCUAACAAUAUACUCAAAUAUUUAGUUUCAUAUUCAAUAUGAUGGAGUCAUAUCCACUCUAGUCUGAGAUUCGUAUGAAUAGCAUAUUUAGUUUUAUUUAUGAAAUUAAAUACAUUGGAACUCUUAGCCAAACCAUUCAUUGCAUUCAAUGUCUGAUCACAUUUAAUGUACCGUAUUUUUCGCUCCAUAGGGCGCACCGGACCAUAGGGCGCACCUAGUUUUUAGGGGGGGGGAAUAAAGAAAAAAAAUAUCCCCCCCAGCCCCAAGGAGCAAAGAAGCCAAGACAGCGAGCGGGAUCCAUCCCGCUGCUUGUCUUGACUUCCUCUUUAGCCGCGUGCAACCUCUCCAGCUGGGAGAGGCUGCACUCAGCUUUUGCAGAAGCCAAGACAGCGAGCGGGAUGGAUGCUGCUCGCUGUCUUGGCUUCAUUUUUAGCCGUGGGGCUGGGGCGGGGGAAGCCCAAGCUUCCCCUGACCCCAGCCCCCAGAACAGGUCCGGGAGCAGUGGCAAGGUUGCAUGCAGCCUUGCCACCGCUCCCGGAGCUUGCAGGGCUGGGGACGCACUCCUAAGGCUUGCGGAUAGCUGCCUGAAGCCCGGGGAGCGCAGCGGGAGUUGGCACCGACCCCUCUUGCUCUCCAGGCUUCAGGCAGCUAUCCGCAAGCCUUCGGGUUGUUUUCAUUGAUACCACAGCAUGGGGCUGGAAGAGGAACGGAUAGCCCCAUGUGUUGCAUUCUUGAUCCUGACAUGGUUCCCCUCCCCCAAAUUGUGCAUAAGGCUCAUUGGCUAUUUUAAACACCAGUAUGUUCCUUUAGGUAUUUUGUUAGGUUUGCCUUCAAGUAAGAGUUUGAAGAAACUGAGCUGUGACAAUCCUCUGGUCUUUGGUUGUCUCAGUAGGGACAAGGUCUGCAAACACAGUGAUUCCUUUCAAGCUGUUCUGAUAUCUGUUAAUAAUAGCAAGCUGUUGGUAGACUUAUCAGCUAAUUAACCAAGCUGCUAUAAAAAUGUAUUGACUGCUCUAAGGAGUUUUGUCCAUGCACAGCUGUUGCUUUAAAUAGAUAGAUGUAGGUAUCACACAGAAAGUAGGUGACCCGUAAAAUAAAAAUAUGUGUGUUGUCAAGAGGCAUGAGUACUUUAUCAGUAAAUAGUAUGGACCAUGGGUAGGCAAACAAAAGCCCGGCAGCCGGAUCUGGCCCAAUCGCCUUCUAAAUCCAGCCCCCAGACUGUCUGGGAAUCAGCAUGUUUUUACAUGAGUAGAAUGUGUCCUUUUAUUUAAAAUGCAUCUCUGGGUUAUUUGUGCGGCCUGCCUGGUGUUUUUACAUGAGUAGAAUGUGUGCUUUUAUUUAAAAUUUGUGGGGCAUAGGAAUUCAUUUGGUUUCCCCCCAAAAUAUAGUCUGGCCCCCCACAAGGUCUGAGGGACAGUGGACCAGCCCCCUGCUGAAAAGGUUUGAUGACCCCUGGUCUGGAGAUUUUAGCUGGGAUUAUUAUUAUAGCCUGUGUUAAAUCCACAUAUUAUUUAUUGUAUUUACGUCCUGCCCUUCCUCCCAAAGCAGACCAGAAUGGCAAACAGAUACACAAUUUAAAAACAAACAGAGGAAAAAACAUUCUAUAACAGUCAACAUUCUAAAGGCAGCUACAACUGAAAACAUUUAAAAGCACUUACAGUGACAGUUAAUGAUCUUAAGGUUGCCAGGAGCAGUAUUCUUCAGCCACCAAAUGCUUGGGUAAACAGGAAUGUUUUCAAAUUUCUCCUGCAAAUUAAUAAUGAUAGAGACAGGUGCCCCUCGCUAGGGAGGGCUUUCCACAACAGGCAAAGUACCAUUGAAAGGGCCCCGUCAUGAGUCAGCCGAACCAACUGGGCAGCUCCCAGCAGUGGCACUAUCAGCAAGGCCUCACCUUCUGAUGAUAGGGUCUGAGCUGGAGAAGGCGCUUUUUUGGGUCCUUGGAACCCAAGCCAUUAAAGGUUUUAUAUUGCAGCACCAGUAUCACAUGGUCCCUUCAAGCUACCCCUUAUCAAUGCAGCAGUUGCAUUCUUCACUAGCUGUAGCCUCUGGACUGUCUUCAAGGGCAGCCCUAUGUAGAGCACAUUACAGUAGUCUAAGCAAGAGGACAACUGAGGCCAGGCUAUCCCAGUCCAGGAAGGAACCAUAGCUGGUGAAACAACCUAAGCUGGGCAUGAGCACUUGUGGAAUACAUACAUACUUCCAUAUCUGAAAGUAAAUAAUGUGUACCUCCUACUUGGAGUGUCUGGGAAACACUGAGAUGGUGUUAGGAGGAUAGGCCAUUUUCAGCUUGGGCCUUAACUUGGGAGAUAAAGCAAAUAUUUUCAUUGGGAGUUUCUCAUAUCCCUAGUUUUUUUUUAAGCAGGUCAAAAGCUGUUUGCCACUCAUUCAAAAGUUUUGGCACUUUGCUUCCCUCCCUGUGGAAUGCCCUCCCAUCAGAUGUCAAAGAGAUGAACAACUACACAACCUUUAGAAGACAUCUGAAGGCAGCCCUCUAUAGGGAAGUUUUUAAUGGUUGGUGUUUUUUGUGGUAUCAUAUGUGUUGUAAGCCACCCAGAUGGGUGGGGUAAUAAUAAUAAUAAUACUGUAGUAGUGGUAGUAGUAGUAACAACAACAACGAUAAUAAUAAUAAAAUUAGUGUUGUUAUUAUUUUAUGACUUGUAGCUACAUGUAUUCAGAAAAUAUAUAAUACAGUGACAAUGAACUGGUGAUAAUCAGUUAAGGUUUUGCUCUGGAUUUUUUCAGCAUGAUCCUGAUGCAUAUUUGCAAAAUACACAGUGUGAUCUUGAUGCAUAUUUGCAAAAUAUACAGUCAUAAAACUGAUCCAUUUACAGCUACCAGUGGAUAGAUAAAUGUAAUAUAUUUCCAUGAAAAUAUUUGCUUUAUCUCAGAAGAAGGCAUGGAAGCAUUGGCAUAUUGAUAACUGUAUAGGAACUGUCAGCACAAGAGGCUGUCGCCUUUUUUUAGAGGUGUCGAAUUGCGAAUGCCUGGAUAGCGUUGCAGCCUACUUCUUGAGUGGAGGAAUGGAAAAUAUUAUACAACAAUAUAGAUACAUUAAUAGGAAUGAAAACAGUUCUAGCUUUUGUUGCUGGCUGGCUUUCUUUCUGAGCACAAUACAGGGAGGGAGGAGUUUGUGGCCCUCCAGAUGUUGCUGGAUUGCAGCUCUUAUCAUUCUGCAAAUUUCUCCUGGCUGUUUCUUCCUGCUGUGCUUCAUCUGGUUACAGAGCACUACUGGGAGGAAAAAUAGCCAAGGGCGUUUGCAGGGGAUAAUCCAGCGGUGGCUCGUCCCUACAGGGACUGGUAGAGCAGAAGGCAGAGAGCUGCACGAGGGCAAUGCUGAGACUGAGAGGAGGCACUGACAACCAGUGCCACCCUCAAGACUGAAAGCAGGUAGGUGGAGCCGGCUGAGGUUGGUGGAGCAGUGUCCCAUUUGACCUAGUGGACCAGCCUUCACCAGACUCAUCCAUGGAUAUGAGCAGGAUUAAACUCCACCUGUCAAUUCUCACUUGUAAAUGUCUUCUGGUCCCUUUGUUAGUAAUAGGAGACAAACCUCAGCUUGGAAAUCUUGAAUUUACUUCACAAUGUGUAGUUCUGUCCUUAUAGUCCCUUCUGAAAUGUUCUGAUCCUGUGCAGGACUUUGAUACCAUAUUCUUGAAACAUAUCUGAAUUAUUUGGAUAGUGUGAGAUGGAAUGGUUGUCUACUAAGACAGCUAUGGUUUGGCAGAUAUCCGAGUUUCUCAUUUUUGUUUAGCCAUAAAACUUGUAGGUAGCCUUGGAAAAGAUACGAACUGUAUAUCAGUCUCCAUUUAAUUAUUUUUAGACUCUAUUCUAAGAGUAAAAACAACUUUUUUAAAAAUAGCCUUAUUCAUAGAUUUGUUGAUUUCAGGUUGGGUCGUUAGUUGGUAAGAAGUAAUUACACAAUCAAAUGCAUAUGAAACAAAUUACAGUUUUUAAGGCUGAGCAAGGAGGCAAGCUUCCUACAAAGCAUUCUUUUUUAUAUUUGAACACUGUAAGUGUCUCUUGAAUGCUAAGAAUGUUGAUGAAGGCCAAGUAUUCCUCAUUAUGUCAAUAUUUCAAAAGCACUAUUGAUUUCUAUGGUUCAGCAAAUGUUGUUAUCCAAAAGACCAGCAAGAGACAAAGCUAAGGAUUGUUAUACCAUUUUUUGGUAUAAUUCAGAUAACAACUUCUCUGAACUUUAGAUCAUGUAUUAAAAUGGUUGCUCUCAGCUGUUAAAACAGUGCAUAUAUUUCAUUAUAUGACAUACUUCAUUCUGUCUUAAUGGCAGGUAAUUAAUACAUAGUAAAUAACUAAAUCUUGCAUAGAUGGGGACUUUGGUGGAAUAAUAAUUAUCUGUUCUAGAUCUUUAGACUGGCCAGUGAAUAAUUUCCAAAUCAUUUCCCCCCAUUUCAUAAGUUCACUACUAACAAUGAGUGGGUACCAAUUGCAUGUACUGUUCAAUAUUAGGCAAACAUGGCAGUUUCAAAUUUUUAACUGUACAAUAUAGAAGUAAAGUAAAAAUACUAAACUGGAUCAUCCACUAGGACAUAAAAAAACCCCUGGUUUAGGACAUAAAAAAAAACCUAAUUGGCACAGGGGCUUUUCCUGGGAUAUCUUCCAAUUCAAAAUUUUCUUAAAAACUCAAAUUACUGGGAUUGGCAUUGCUUUAUACUAGCCUUAUGCUAUAGAAAUACAUAUUUAACAAACUGGAGCAUACAGAAAUGACAUGGUUCUUUCCUGUGUUGCAGGGAGCUUCUGGAUAUGACUUGCCGCCUUGCUAAUACAUUAAAGAAGAAUGGAAUAAAAAAAGGGGACCGAGUUGCUAUUUAUAUGCCUGUGUCCCCAAUGGCAGUGGCUGCCAUGUUGGCUUGUGCCAGAAUUGGUGCUGUUCAUACCGUUGUCUUUGCUGGAUUCAGUGCAGAUUCAUUGGCAGGGAGGAUCAAUGACUGUGAGUAGUUUUCAGAUGCUGGGAAGGGGUAGCUGAUAAACAUUCAUAGUACAGUAUGACUUUUUCCUCAUAUUGCAGGGCAGUUCUCUUCACACACAACAGGCAUUCCCAUUAUGCAUGACUAAUAUUCCCCAUCAUUGAAAAGAAUGUGUUAGCCUCUGUAUGCACAAAAUUCAUGUGUGUACAUUAGAGCCCUUUGUAGUAUGUUGUGAGGAACAUUGGCCAAUGGGCCUCAUUACACCCACCAGCCAGUUAUAUGAUAUCAGAUGCAGAGAUUUGUUAUCUGCGGACUAAGCAUCACAGCACUAUGAUAAGAGUUAAGCCUCUGCUUAACUAUAGAGUCUUGAAGCUUCUUACAAACUAACAAAUUUAUCAGGGGGUGUAAUCUUUUGUGGACAAGAGUCUGUUUCUAGUUUUGCUACAAGACCUUUUGUUUCUGCUGCAACAGAAAACACAGCUACCCCUCUGGAAACUGUGUAUGAGUUACUGUUCUGCUAUACUAUACAGUAUAUAAUGUCUUGGUUACAAUAUUACUCAGAACAAUAAUGGAGGAAAACAAACUGCUAAGUCCACAAAUGAUUUUUCUUGUUAGCUGAAUGCAAAGCAGUCAUCACCUCUAACCAGGGAGUCAGGGGCGGACGAGUCAUAGAACUGAAGAAGACUGUGGAUGAAGCUGUAAAGAAUUGUCCAAGUGUCAAGUGUGUCUUUGUGACCCAGAGAACUACCAACAAAAUCCACAUGGGCAGUCGUGAUAUUCUCCUUGAAGAAGUAUGUUCAUGAUGUUCAUGGUACUUCUUUUAAAUCAGGUAUUUCUAUAGGGUGCAAUAAUAUUUUAUCACAGCAGGUUAUAUGCUGGUGUUUUGUCUAGAACAAAUUAAUGUUGAUGAGCCUAGUUUUAUAAUGAAUCAAAGGCCAGGCUGAAACUUGGAAUUGUUAAGUUAGUGCAUCCUUGGAUUGCAGCUUCAUAUCUAGAGAUGAGAGUCCAGAAAAACUGGGGAAAUUUGGGGGGGAACCCAUCUUUCCCCCCAUCCCCAUUAUUUUCUGAAGCUGUGUGUUUGUUUUUGAAAAUUAGACACAUUUUUGGAUUAAGAAAUCUUUUACUUCAGUAUUACUUUUAAGACAAGGUGUUCAUAUUCUCCCAAAAUGAUUUUUUAAACUGUGUAGCAGGAAGACUUAGGUGAGUCUGUGUUCAAUCUUGGAUCAUGAAAAAUUGGAAGCAAAAUAAUAAAUAAAUAAAUAGAUAGAUAGAUAGAUAGAUAGAUAGUAGCAAUGUAAAAUAUUAUGAAAGAGGUGUAUUAAUUAAAAACAUGUUGGAAUAAAACAGUCAUCAAAAGGUGGGGAGUGAUGGAGUAUCUACUCCCUUGGGUGGGGGGACCACAACUGAAAAGGUGCUCUUUUUGUGCCACCUCUGCACCUCAGAUGGCAAGUGGGAGCAUGGAGGAGCCUCUCCAAAAACUCUAUUCUUGAGCAGGUUCAUCCAGGAGGAUGUGGUUCUGUAGAUAAUCAUUGUCCCAAGAUGUUUCAAAGACCAAUGGCAGCAACCACAGUUGAGUCUGAACGGAUUUCAAAUGAGGAAAGUUGGUCAAGGAUUGAGCAAUAUGUAUAAAUCUCCUGGUCUUAGCAAAAGACCUAGUGGCUCCAUUUUGAACCAACUGUUCCUGAACUGUCUUCAUGGACAGCCCUGUGUAGAGCACAUUGUAGGUAUCCAACCAGGCAGUGACAAAGGUAUGUAUAACAGAGGUCAGGUCUGAUUUCACCUGGUAAGGACACAGCUGACUUACUAAAUGAAGACGGUAAGGUGUUCCUGGUCAGUGCCUGCACCUGAGCAUCCAAGAGAACUCUCAACCAGCAAACUUACUGUUUCAGGAGACGUGCAACCCUAUCAGUACAAGUUGCGCACGUACAUCCAGAUCAGCAGAUCUCCCAUUUAGCAGUACCUGUCCUAUCUGGAUUAAACUUCAGCUGAUUCACUCUCAUUCAGGUCAAAACUGCCCUCAAAACAGCAGCAAAGAACUUCCACUGUUUCUCCAAGUUCUUGCUUCUUCCAAGAUAACUGAAACAAAAGAGGAUGUAUGGUGUAACAGUUGCAAUAGCUCUCAGUGAAAAACAGUGCAAUGGACUUGUGGCUCCUGGCUGAGUUACCCAAUAGCUAAUUAGCUGGUACACAGCCUUUGGACAAUACUUUAUCCAUACCCCAGGUGUGCCUGGAGUUUACUGGAGAUGGCAGCUGUCAGUAGAGUGCAGCACAAUAGACUUUGGGCCACUGUUUCUGCACAGAAACAUGAAAGCAUUUAAAUAAACAAAACCACAACUCUAUGAAUCCAGAACAUUGCUUCAGUUUUUAUGAAAUGGCCCUUUUUUGGGGAUGUUUUUAUGUUUUAAUAUGUGCUGUAAGCCACCCAGCCAGAUGGGUGGGGUAUGAUGAUGAUGAUGAUGAUGAUAUUUCUUAUACUUCCUCUUUCUUUUCCUUAUUUAGGAGAUGGCUAAGGAGGUGCCAGUUUGUUCCCCUGAAAUAAUGGACAGUGAAGAUAUGCUCUUUAUGCUUUAUACCUCAGGGAGCACAGGAAAACCUAAAGGGAUUGUUCACACCCAAGCUGGCUAUCUCCUUUAUGCUGCCUUAACGCACAAGGUACAUCAGAAAUCAUAUCCCUUGGAAAAUAACACUUGUUGUUUUACUAUAUCUGUAGUAAUUGUGGAGAACAGAUAGUAAAAAUAAAUUUGUUUGGGGGUGGGGAGAUGUACUGAUGAUUUUUGGAAAUGGUGCCUGGUAAAAAUUUCUCUGAUUCCUUCUGCUAGACUUAAGUUAUAUGCACACCAAAAGCUGACACUUUAGCCCUAAAUGUCUAAAUAAUUUAUUCAGCUUCAGUAUUGAAAAGUACUUUAUUCCCUCCAUAAUUCUGGUUAUACAUUCUAUUGGGCAAGGUCACUUCCCAGAUAUUUCAUUCACUUAUUUACAGCAUUUGUAUUCUGCUACAUAAAAUAGAUUUCUUUGGGUGGCUUAACAAUAAAUGAGUAAAAACAGGCAAUAAACAAAAUAACAUACAAAAUGAAAAGCUACAUAAACACAACAGAAAUCAAAACUCAUUGCACUCCAACAAAACGCUAAAACUGAGAGGCGCAGACUACAUCAAUUAAAAAGCCUGGGUGAAUGAAGAGGUAUUCAUGUUCUGCUGAAAAGGGCUUAAGAACAGUGCUUAGAGCAGGCAUAGGCAAACUCCGGCCCUCCUGAUGUUUGGGACUACAAUUCCCAUCAUCUCUAGCUAACAGGACCAGUGGUCGGGGAUGAUGGGAAUUGUAGUUCCAAACAUUGGAGGGCUGAAGUUUGCCGAUGCCUGGCUUAGAGUUUCCCUAAAAGCAACUUCCUAGUUAGUAGUCAAUGCCCUCCUUUUUCUGCUAUGAAUGUGCUUACCUUGGUCAUUUUGCUCCUCCCUGCUCACACUGGGACAAAUCAUCCCAUGAUCUCUGUCUUACAUAUGAAUUGGGAAUCAUGGUUUGUUUCACUUCCAGCAAUGUUUAUUCUUGACUUGCUGAUAAUGGUUUGAUGGAGCAAAAUAAAUGACAUUUCCCCAAAGAAUUCUGGGAACUGUAGCUCUCCUCUCGCAAAGCUACAGUUCCCAGCACCCUUAACAAAAUGCAGUUCCCGUGAUUCCUUGUGGGGAGGCAUGUGUGUAUGGUGUGGAUCUGCCCUCGGCCAUCACAUGAAACCAUGAAUGUGAAGAGCAAAGUGCCUGAAAUCUGUGGCUGUACACCUGUUUCACCACAUGAAGUGUACCAUUCUGCUAAAGAAUGAUGGAGAGAUUAAUUAAUAAAUAAACAUGUAAACUCUAACCUGCUUUACUGUUCAUCUUUGUAGCAUGUGUUUGACUACAAGCAAGAUGACAUUUUUGGUUGUAUGGCUGAUAUUGGUUGGAUCACGGGACACAGCUAUGUUGUGUAUGGACCACUCUGCAAUGGAAGCACCACAGUUCUGUUUGAAAGCACUCCAGUCUAUCCUAAUCCAGGUGCCUUAAGUAAAAACUUAAAAGUUUAACUCCUGGGCACAGAGAAGGGCUGUUCAUGUAACAACUCCCAGUUUCAAACUCUGGCAUCUCCGUAUAGGGCUGGGAAAAGAUACCUGUCGAUAAUCCCCAGAGAGCUACAGUAUAGACACUGCUUGGUAUGCACAUGAUGGUAAACCACAGAUUACCAUACAAGAACAAUGCACAACCAUGCUGCUCAGUUGCCCCCACUUUGCUCCACCCUGCAUGCCUCUGGGAGAAACAUACCAUAAAGUACGGCUUGGCAUUACGUGUGACUUGGCACUUGUGGUUGGUUUCUCUCCAAACAAACCACAGGUGGAGAUGUCUUGCUGUUAGUGAUUUGAAAAAAAGAAACCAGGAGUGUUGGUUCACACAUAAUCUGAAACUGAGCAUCAUAGCAACAUAGAGCAGGUACAAACCUGCUGUACCUGGAACUGGGUGUAGAGAAUACCGCUGAAUGGGACACAGCUGUGGCAGCUUGAGGAAGCACCAUCCACCUUGGGCCUGGCCAUAAAAAGCAGGUCUAGAGUGAGAGACUAGGGUGAUGUCUGCCGUUUCUAGGCAUUCUUCUUGCUGUGAGACUUUUGUGGGUGAGCUGAAAGUUUGUUUGGACCCUGGGUGAGAACCUGGAGCCUGAUAGGGAGGGAGUGUCAGAAGUAAAAUUAAUUUAUAUUGAUUUAUAUAUCUUAGUAACCUUCUACUGAUGUACUUGUAUUAAGAUAUUAGAAAUGAAAAUUUUCAGAGGUGAUGUAGCAGCUGCCAACCUUCCAUCACAUAUAUUUGGUGAAUCUGUAGCAUAAGGACUGCAGACCAAUGGAUAUAUGAUAAGGUUUGGUCUUAAUUGUUAAGAAGAGACUGUCCACAUUCACCUGCCUGUCACGAUUUUGCUAUGUGUUUAAGGAGUACAAAUGGUAUCUCAAAUGAUCUGUUUUGGCUCGAUUUAAAAGGUAGGUGUUGAUUUUAGUAUAGAUCAGUGGACUUACUGCUCCAGCCUUAAACAUAAGCCUGUACAAAGUGUUUUGGGUGGGGUAUACUAAUAGUGGUAUCAGCUCAACAACACAAAGCACAAUGAUGGGCUAGUGUGACAGGCAGAGAAUCUAUAAAAAUAUUUUUAAAGUCUUUAAAAAGUAGGUGCUUUGUGCCCAUAUUACAAUGUGUGUGUUUUCAUUGUACUCGAAUUAUUCUGAGCAUGUGGUGCUUAUGGAGUUCACAGAAAAAUUUAACAUGACCAUUUGGAAUUUUGCAGGUCGUUACUGGGAAACUGUUCAAAGGUUAAAAAUUAAUCAAUUUUAUUGUGCUCCCACUGCAUUGCGACUGCUGCUGAAGUAUGGAGAUGAAUAUGUAAAGAAGUAUGACACAUCUUCCCUAACUACACUUGGAUCAGGUGAGAAUGCACAAUUUAAGGCUUUGUUCCGUUUGAAGUCAGUACUGCUGAUUUCUAUGGAAGCAGAUUUUCCCAGUCCUGUAAUAAUUUUGAGAGAGAGAAGCUUCUUAUUUUGUCAGAGAUUUAUGAGUUAAAUCUUAGAAAUAUCUGAGAGUAUGAAGAGUACAGUGCAAAUUUUGUUGACAGUGGAAAAUGUCAUAUUACUCUUCAACUGGGAGGUCAGGAUCCAUAUGUGGAUCACACUCUGACCUUACAGUAGCUGGAUUGCACCAGUGGGAGCUUUAUCUUCUAAAAAAAGGGGAGAGAUAAAUAAUAACCAGAUGGAAAAGGAACACAAGGACUUUUGCCCCACUAAUUAUUUCUAAUUUACCUGCCAAAGGUACUUCUAGCACCCAAGAGUCCAAUAAUUGAGUGGUUAGAGAUGCUUUCAGUAGGUAAAGCUUUUCUCACUCUGGCAUGACAAGCUGAAACAUCCUUGAAUCUCUGCAACUAUUAAAAUUGCAGGAAGCUUUGCUGUCCCUGUUCGCAGCUUAGAGAAAAUGUAGAAAUAUGCAAUCGGUGAUUGAAGUUGGGACGCAUCUCAACAUUUGGGAUUAAAGAUGGAUCCUGGAGAUGAUAAGGAAGAAGACUACUUACAUAGCCAGUUUAGUCCUGUGUCACACUCGCAUUGGAGCUGUGAGUGGACUAACCUUGGAAUGGUAUGGCAAGAGUGCUGUAGAAGCUCCAAUUUGAGCACUGGGUGCACCAGCCAAUAAAUUAUACUUUAUUAAUCAGGCAAAGCACAAAUUCAUAGGCUGCUGUAUUUGCAAGGGCUGGCCACUCUCAUACCUCACCAGUAGUAAUCUAACUGACAAGAUGAUGUGAGCUGCCUCUUUUGCAAAUAUCUGAAAAACAUUUUUGAUUGUUGCCAUUCUUGGUCUUGUGCACCCAAGUGCUUGUGGCUGUGGAGAAACAACCUAGGAAAUUUGGUUCAUGACACCCAGCCCCCUUACUCUUUAUAGUAUCUGCAGUAGAUGCAAAUACACACAUUUCAUUUUCAAAGCUUCCAAAGUUUUAUGAUUUUUAAUUCACGUUUGUAACUUAAAGGUUUACAAAAAUGCAUCUUCUUUUUAAUUUCAUCCUGUUGCUUUAUGUCCUAUUUUUAGUAGAAAGGACAACCAAUUCGGAACAUUUUUAGCAUGUUUCUCUACCAGUUCUUCUUUUUGCUAAACAUAUCCAGUUCCUUCAGUCAUUCUUAAUAUGAUUGUUGAUCAGUUACCAAAUAUAAAAUACUUUUGGCAGAACUUGCAAUUCUUCCUUUUACUAUUUUGGAUUUUAGUGGGAGAACCCAUAAACCAUGAAGCUUGGCAGUGGUUCUACAAUGUGGUAGGAGAGGGACGCUGUUCUCUUGUGGACACUUGGUGGCAAACAGGUAAAAAUAAAUGACAGUUUUAAAAAUCUUUCUACCCCUCCCCCUUCACACAUGUACACACAGAGCAUUGUGCACAAUAAACAUUGUGUGUUUAUUGGGUAGCUGCUAGCAUCCUGUUUAAAGCCAUCUUAUCAGGCUAGAGGAACAAGAAAUGGCUUGUGCAACAGCCUCUAGGCCUUUGGAACUGCCUGGGGCAUCUGACCUUGGUGCGAGUCUUCAAACUACUGACUUCUUAAUACUAACGGAAUAUCUCUAAAUUAUAAACUCUCAUUACAAAAGAGCCUAGGGUUCGGAUCCCCUGAGCUGUUUCGUGACAACACCCCUGAAGUUAGUCUAUCUAGUUUAAAUAUUUAUUUGAAAAUAGAAUGAUUUUUUCCAUUAUUGCUGAUGCUCAGAAGCAGAAACCUUAAUCUCUCAAAAGCUUUAUACCCAAUGCAAAAACAAAUGCACACAUUCCUGUGAGAGGAUUUAUUAUUUCCUUUGGAUAUAAAUGGUAGUGGUAAGAAUAAUUCGCAUGGAGUGUUUAUGAGGAUAUAGAAUGUGAGUUGAUUUGCCACCGUGUUAGCUCAAUUGCACAUCUCACAAUCAAUUUAAAAAUAGCUCAUUAAUUGCUGUUUAUCCACUCUGGAACAUAGCUCUCUGAAGCAGCAGUAUGCCACAAGAUAAUCAACUUGAACAGGCAUAAAGAUUAACAAAUCAGGCUUUACGAAUCCAUUUGAAAGCAUUUGGAUGAGUGGAUAAGUGAGAGGGAGAUUAUGAGUGUGUGUGUGUGUGUGUGUGUGUGUGUAACAGGGAGCUCAUUGUGCACAUCUUGUGUUAAUAUAUUUGCAAAGUUUGAUCAAGCUCUACACCGUAGCAUAAUUUUCAGAUCCAGUGUUCAACGAACCUUCAGCCCUCAAACCAGAGGUAGCUUGCCUUAUAGGAGGUCAGAUUAUUUGUCCAUCUCACCCAGUAUUUUCUAUUGUGUCUGAGAGUGUCUGCCAAGAGUCUUGGGCAGAAGUCUUUCUGAUCACCUGCUAUGUUUAACUGGAGAGGCCAAUAAUUUUCAGUAUGCAAAGCAUGUGCUCCGGUGAUUAACUGUGUUUCUUCCCCAUUUAUUUUGGAGACUUACACAAAAUUGAAUCUGAAAAGUCUGGUAAAAUAAAAAUAAAAAUCAUUUGAUGCUAGAAAGACAGCAGCCAGUUCUAGGGGAGCUUUCCUGGGGCAACAUUCCAGAGCUAUAGCCCUUUCCGGGUAACCAUCUACUUCACCUAUGAAGGCAGGGGAACCUGAACAAGUGUCCCUGAGCCUCAGGUAGUAAGAGUUUAGCAGCUGAGCAGGCUUGUGUGGGAACAGGUUGCCCUUCAGGUAAUCUAGUCCCAAGCCUCAUAAUAAUACCCAGCAUUCAAGGUGAGCACAGGAAUAUCUAAGCAUGGAACAGCAAACUCCAGAACAUUAAACAAUGCAGACUUGCCUGCAUUGUGGGCUAAGCAAGAUCCAGCUGCUCAGCUCCACUCCCUUGCCUCAGAGGCCCUGAACAGGCUCUGCCGUCUAGCAGACAGGAGCCAAAAACUGACACCAAGGAGGACCAAGGAUGUGGGCAAAAACAGUCAUAAUCCUUUCACCAUAGAGACAUUUCUGACACCAUAUUAGGAUUUGAUGUUUAUUCUGAGAGUUUUUUGUAAGGGGCUUUGACAAGACUUUUGAGGUUAAAUAGUAUUCUAAACAAAAGUUUGUCACGAUGCCAAAAGGAUGCAUGGAAUAUGGCGUGGUGCUAAAUGCAGCUUGAAUAUUCAGAUACUACUGUGGUUAAUGAAUCUAGCAAAUUUCAAGUAUUCAAAGCAUUUUGUGUACAUUGUAUUAUUAAUAGCCUGUAAAGUAGGAAUUAUUAUCUCCCUUUUCAGAUAGGCGGUUAAGAAUUUAGUGGAUUGUCUAUGGAGUUUUUUUUUAGGUUAAUGUGAAAUUUAGGGUUUAACUACACAUGCCAUAUACAUGCAUGUGCCUUAGGUUUGACAUUAGCUUCAGAAAGUUGUUGCUGUUUUUAGUUGAGAAGCAAUGGGCUUGGGUAAGGGGUGCUCAACCUUUUCCCUAUUCACUAUGUCUCUUGCACAGUUCUCUUUCUAGUUUUACUAUUCUGCCAAUUUCUAAACUGACCUUCAUCCAUCAAGAUCCCAGAGCGGUUCUAAAAUAAUUACAUUAACACAAUAAAAUGUAGUCAUUGAGAAGCACUGCAAUAUAAUUUUCUUUGAAGCACCUUUUUAAGAUAACCAACAAACCAAUAGCACCUAGUACCCAAAUCCAAUUUUAAAAAAAACUAAAGCAAGAACCAUUAACUGUUGUUUAAGAUGCAUACCAAUGCAGCACUUAAGUUUGAGAGAAAAUAAUGAUAACUGUAUGGGAACAAUUCUCAAGUUGAAACUUAAGUCUUGGAAGUCAGUACUAUAGACUUCAUACCCUUUCCCUGUUGAGUGUUGAUGUGCUUGUGAUUAUUUUACAUGUGAGUUUAUUUCUGUUUCCUUUCUUAUAAAAGGAGUAGAGUGUUCUGUUUCCCCAGUUAAGCGGACAAACAGGCUAAAGGGACUAAUGCCUUAAAAGUGCUAUAUGCACGAUAAAUAGUAACAAUAGCUUUAAUGUAUUUUGCAAUGAUUUGUAAUUAGGGCAAACAUCCAUUACCUUUGAGACAUCCCAAAUAAUUUCCCUGUUAGCAUAUAAGCCAUGUUUGAGCCCUGAUCUCCAUAAAUAGGGGGUGGGGUAGGGAGAUGAAGGAUUGCUGUUUUGUGCCAACUAGGACAGCCCUACCCUCUCCUUUCCCAACCUUCACAGGGCAAUCAGGAGACAAAAUCCCUAGAUAUGAAUAGCAAAAAUUACACAUUUACCAGUAGCUCUUCAUUUGCAACAAAUCACAGUUAUCAAAGGAAUUGCAUACAACUGUUGGAUAUGGCUUUCUUUAUUUGUAGGGCCUAAUAUUCCAGCGGUUUUAUUACUUUUGCUUCUUUUUGUGUAUCUGUUAGUGUUAGGCUAUAAAAGAUCUGAUUAAGGUUGAAAUCUCUGAUCUGAUUUAACAUUUAUCCUGAGAGAAAUGAGGAAAGAAUGAUUAAGAGGCUCAGUCCUGAAUUGAAAAUAAUCGCAGAAUGCCCAUAAUGGGUGGGAGAAUCUAAUCCUAUAUAAUAAUAGUAUUUUAGUCUCAUAAACCGCUUUUCAAGCAAACCAUUUGAAGUGCUGUGAAAACAGCACAAGGAAGCACAUUCCAUAAUAUCCUUGCACUUUUAUCACUGCUGUUUAAAUUACUUGCUAAGUGUAUGAAAUUGGGUUGAAUACAAUUUUCUUGGCAGCUUCAUGUUGGGGAGAGAAAUAAAACAAGCUGCGUCCCUGUAUUUUUGCACAGGAACUGAUACCUUCCCUAUACCAGUCACUGCAACAUGUUAAGAACUUGUCCCCAAAGAUGCCACUAUAGAUGCUUUAGUGUGGCUUCAUGAAGUAACUAGAGUCCCAUUGGCACCAGCAUAGCCAGUUGUCAGGGGUGAUAGGAACUGUAGUCCAAGAACAUAUGGGAAUCUAUAGUUACUUGCCCCUCCUUUAAGAUGUGCUUGUCUCCCCCACCCAGCAGCAUCCAUCUUUUUCCAUUGUGGAUGGUUUGGCAGUCCAUAUAAUGUAGGCUAGAAAUCUAAAUUUUAACCUGGAUCUGCAGGUGUCCAUCCUUGCUCUUAACCAUUGCGUGGCUAGGGACAGAGACAAAAUUGAGUUUGUUAAAAAGGAGCUUGCCAAGGAAAAUUUUAUGUCCGGGAGAAUAAUCAUUUCUGUGGCUCUUGAUAAUGCUGGACUUCUGGUGUAGUAUACCCACCCUUGGGAGUCCAGAUUGAUGGGUAUCCUGUGGGAGAUGGCAUCUAUGUACAAAGCAUGGUCUGAAGACACAUGGCACAGCAGUUUAGUUGAAGCUAAAGUUCUGGUCAGUGCCUGGGAGCCCCAUGUAUGCUGCCUGGAGUUUUAUCAUGGGAGAAAAGCACAAUAUAUAUAUGUCAUAAAUAGAUCCAUUGCCUAUCCAUGGGCUUUUGUUAACCUCUCAGGAGCCCUUACUCAUACUUGCUCAUCAUCAUCAUCAAAGUCUAGUCUAGUUGGAAUCCACCAACUUGCAGUACAAAAUGAAGUUUGGGUUCAUUCUUGUAAUGCCUUUACAUGAGCCACCCUACCAAUUAUUGCUUGUUUCUCCUGGCAGCCUGAGAAGACUAGAUUAGAAGCCUCUGUACUGUCACUGACAGAUGGGUUGCAUCUAGAAAUGCUCUAUUUCUUACCUUCCAGUGUUCUCUCUCCCGCCUGCCUGCCUGAAUGGGAGAGUUUCCCCCCCGCUAAAAUAAACACAGAUCAUUUUAUUGAUGGGGAUUUCACUAACUGGAAAUUUGGAAAAUUGAAAAGAAGCAAGUAAGGCCCCACUAUAUAAUAAUGCUUAUAUUUAUGUGUGUGAGUUUGCCUUCAGAGGUUUGAGACUGGGGUGGCAGUCAAAUCUUAUACCUUCAGAUAUUCUGCCUCUCAGAUGAAAAGGCUCCCUGCAAGGCAUGGAUGGUGUGGAUUGGAAUUAUUUGUUAUAUAUUGGAACUGUUUGCAAGGUUGUUCUACGUAUUUUUAAAGGAUUCAAUCCACUUCCCAUUGCAAUGAAUAAUAAACCUGCUAUUGUUUUUAUUGGGGCUACAUUGUACCGUAGCCUACAGAAGAGCAGAGGAUGAAUAGAUUUCAAUUGCUUUCCACCAUUUUUCUUCCAGAAACUGGUGGCAUUUGCAUCGCUCCUCGGCCUUCAGAAAAAGGAGCUGAGAUCAUUCCUGCCAUAGCAAUGCGGCCUUUCUAUGGGAUUACCCCAGUUCUGAUGGAUGAAGGGGUGAGAUUUAUUAAAAUAUGACCAAAGAACAUUCAAAGACAUAGUGCCUUUUUGGUAUAUGUAUUGUUCCUAAACUCCCAAAUCAUUGUCUCAUAUCUACCUACCUACCUAUCUCAUUUAUUAUUUUCUUUCUAGUCAGAACUGCUAUCUAGAUAGGACUUUACUUUUGUUAGGGAAAUUGCUGACUGUAUCAAUGCUCUCUAGUCUAGGACUUUGAUAGAAGGUUGUGGUUCUCUUGCUGGUGAUGUCCUAAAUUGUAAAUAUUAAUGAAACAUACAGUUAGGCAAUAUAGUUCAGCUUUUGCAACAUCUCUGUUUACGGUAAUUGUUAUAUUGACAGUUGCUUCUUUUUUUUGGACUCUCAGGGGAAUGUUGUAGAAGGCAAUGAUGUCUCUGGAGCUCUCUGCAUAGCACAGCCUUGGCCAGGUAUAGCAAGGACCAUCUAUGGAGACCACCAGAGAUUUGUAGAAGCUUAUUUCAAAGCUUACCCAGGUGAGAGUGGAAACACUGGUGCAAGUAGUGCACCAUAAUUUUGCAUAAGCUGCUGACUCUUUUCUUUUGACAGUACUGUCUAGCAUAUGUGACACUUCAAAAAAGAAAGAAAAAUCAAUUUUGUACCAGCAAUUUCUGUACAAGCUGGAUAUUGCAGCUUGUAUUAUCCAAGCCAGUUAAGCAUAUGUGUGUAUAUAUGUAAAGCCAACAGUGAUAAAAAUGAAAAGUUCUGAAACAUAUUUACUAAUUGGUGUUGUUUAUACAUUAUUUUAUGUCCAUACUUCUAAAAUGUCACCUAUGACAUGGGUCAUUUCCUCCCAUUUUUUAAAAAAAAUAAUACCAGUGAGUGGUUAUGAAUCAUGUUCACACAUACAAAUUAUUCUGUAAGGACUAAUGGACAGUGCCCAUUCUGAUGUUGAAUUUUAGUGCUGCCAUCAAAGGCAUUAACUGACACUGCUUGUUUGUUGUUACAGGUUAUUAUUUUACAGGUGAUGGUGCUUAUAGAACUAAAGAAGGCUAUUACCAGAUAACGGGGCGAAUGGAUGAUGUCCUCAACAUCAGUGGGCACAGACUUGGAACUGCAGAGAUUGAAGAUGCUAUGGUAAUUACUAGGGCAAUGAAAAGUGUUGGCCCUAAUUAAGUUAAGUCAGUGGGAACAUAAUUGACCAUCGGGGAAUCACACUAAUCCACAAGAUUUUCAUUUUAGAGCUUGCUCACCUAUUGAUAUUCAUUGACAUCUUCAUUGUGGCAUUAAGAGAUAACUUGCUUAUGUGGUUACAGAUUAGUUACCACAGACAGUCUACCACCUGAUAUCACCAUAAACACAAUUAUUAAGAAGGAAACAGUUCACACAUUUGGUGAAGAGUCAGUGGCUGAUGAGAGAUCAAGGCCUAGUCUUUUCAAAUGGAUUUGAGGGUAAACUCAGGAAUACCACAUCAGACUACAUAUAAGAAAAUACACUUGUAUAUACAAAACAGUAUAUUGUGAAGUGGUGUUCUAGCCUAACCUUCUCACUGAUCUGCCAGAUUUGUGUGUGUAGGAACCUCUUUUCUUUUUUCCAUGGAGUAACGCUCCCUUACAGAAACUGCUGGGGGCAGUUUGAAGAACUAGGCCCAAGUGACAUGCAUACAUGUAUAUAUGAAUCUAUUCAUGCAGCUUGUAAAACGAAGGUAUGAAGCAUAACUUUAUUUUUUUUAUUUGUCUUUUUAAAGGAUGAACAUCCUGCAGUACCUGAAACAGCAGUGAUUAGUUAUCCGCAUGAUAUCAAAGGGGAAGGUAAGCAAAUGAAAUGUUUUGAAGAUAUUAUUCAAAUACUUAAUUUCAUGUUUAAUGAUUGCUUUUUAUAGGUUCAGAUAAGGAAAGGUAUGGUUUAAUAGAAAAAAAGAAUAGAUUCUAUUUCAGGUGCUCCUGUUACCAGUUUGUUCAGAUGUGCAGAAUCAGAAUUUUAAAACAUACUGCCGGAUUAAUAGUAUUUCAUUGAAUUGAAAUGCUUUUGCUUAAAACAUUUAGCAACAGGAUUUGUAUAUGAAGUUUAACAGGGUCAGCUUAUAAACUAAAUUCAUGGUACCUUGAUCCAAGAAUUCUCGCACAAGGAGUAGUGCUUUUGAUUUCUGAUAUUUGAUUCUCUUUCUGUACAUAAGGAAGCACAUGUAGAAUAAUCUGGUAUUUAUAAGAUUUCUUACCUACCCGUCACGAUGUAGAACAUGAGACACUUAAUAUCAGGGUCAUGGGUUUGAGCCCACUUUGGGCAAAAGAUUCCUGCUUUGCAGGGGGUUGGACUAGACAACCCUUGUGGUCCCUUCCAACUCCCUAGUUCUAUGAUUCUAGAAGAACUUUGAACACCUUAGUAUUUUGAGGAUUCAUUACUCAAAAUGUGGCAUGAUUUGGCAUUAAAGCUUUUGGUCUUUAAGGCUGCAAUGCUAUACACACUUACUUGGGAUUAAAUCCCAUUUAACUCAUCUGACUCCCCUUUAAGUAGACAUGUGUAAGUCUGCACUGCAAUAAUAUUUUCACAACUGUAUCUAAGAAUGGUACUUAAAUUUUAAACAUUUUUAAACAAUGAAGAAAAACUACAUUGAUCAGAACAGGAAUUUUAGCAUAAUUUCUUAACUCAACUAGAAAAGAAUAUCCUUACAGCCAUUGCUUUAGGCAAGACUUUCACACUUCAUUGCACUGAGUAAUGGGCUAUUCUACAUGUCUUAUGUAGUGAAAAGGAAGAGUCGAGAGUAGUUUAAUGUAUAGUAAAUGAACUGUGGUCUUUUCUUCCAGCUGCAUUUGCUUUCAUAGUUCUAAAAGAUGAGAAAGCACAUCCAGAAACGGUUACCAAAGAGCUAAGGGAAAUAGUUGCCUCCAAGAUAGCCAAGUAUGCUGUGCCUGAUCAUGUUCUGGUAAGUUCUUCAGGAUCAGAAUUUGUCUUUAAUAAUAUCAGGCUACAGGGGGUCAACAUGCAUCUACUAACCUUCCUUAUGGCACUGGGGACAAUUUCUAGAGGAGGAACAAGUAUCUCCCAGACUCCUCUCAGACUAGUUUGUACCUGCCCCUUGUUUGGUUAAAGGGACUUAGCAGUACUCACUUGUUUCCCACUUCCUUCUUUAAUGGGGACAGCUGUUUGUGGGGGCAGGUUGUCCAUUAUUGACUAGAAGUGCUUGGGCAGUACAAUUGAUCUACAUUUUUCAUAGGCUUUUUUCAUUUUGGGAAUCCAUAAUUUUAAGAGGAAUAACUCCAGUCAUGUUUCUUUGAAUGCAGUUGCCUUUGUUUAGUAAUGGCCAGACAGGUUUUUCUUGAUUUAGCAAGCACUGCAUUAGCCUGAUGACCCUUGAACUAGGGGGUGACUUUCUUUUACUUCCAAAAUAUAUUGUCCUCUGUUAUAGUGCUACUGCUGUACACAAAACUUACUUCAUGAUUAAUUCCCUUAGAGUCCUUUUAUAAAAUGACAUUACUAAGCCUUGUACGAAACCCUGGCUUCAUAUUACUAGACUGUUGUUGUUUUUCGAAGCCUAAGUUCCUCCUACUUGACUUGUGCCACCGUUAUUCUUUGUCCUCUGUACAUAUACCACUUUUCUUUUAAAGGUAGUAUCAGAGGUGUCUUUUGGCAUAUGUUUACAUUUACCACUUCAUGAACAUGGCUAAAAGAUCACAUAGGCACAAAACAAUGGCACUGUCAAGAUGCAAAGGGUAACCUAUUAUAGGUGCUCUGGUCCAUGGGGUCACGAAGAGUUGGACACGACUGAACGACUAAACAACAAUAAAACCUAUUAUAAGAAUGUGCCGUCAGGCUUGGGCUUAAGCAGACCCGUUCCUUUCUUCUAUGCAUGCAAGGCUAGGAAGUUUAAAGUUUCCUUUUGCUGCUUGGUUUCUUGUUAUGUCCAAAUUCAGGAAAGCUGUUGCAUCUUCAAGCCAUACUUAAAACAUACUUGGAUCAAACCACAGUUUCAGAUUGUGGUGUCUUCCAAGUAACUUUCUUGAACAAACCAGUUUUGCCAUUUUUGGACAUGGUAGGAAACCACAGUUUGUUCCAAAUUGCAAAAGAACACUUAAACUUUUUUCCAUUUGCAGUUCUUUUAAUGGCGGAACCAGGCCAGAGGCUGAAGGCUGUCUAUGUCUGGCUUAAUUUAACAUAUUAUUGCCAUAGUGGUUCACUUUCACAAUAACACAAUUCUUCCCGUUCUCAAACAGGUAGUGAAGCGCCUUCCUAAAACUCGCUCAGGGAAAAUAAUGAGAAGGUUGCUACGGAAAAUAGUGACAGGCAAUGUAAGCGAUAUGGGAGAUAUCACCACACUGGAUGACUCCAGUGUCAUUGAAGAAAUACUUGAUGCAUAUGCGAAGUACAAAAUUAAGCAUCCUACUUUGUAAUGAGAAGCUGUGGGGAUAUGUUCCAUUAGAAACGCCGAGAAAUGAAAGGAACCAUCAAAUACGCACAAGUUUUCAUGGAAUUCUGCUUAAUCAUGUGAGGCUCAGAAGAUUCUCCUUCUGAAAAAUACGUAUAUUACAAUACCCACCGUGUGUAUUUCACUGCACUUUGCCUUUCUUUGAAACUAUGCAGCAUGUAGGUUAGAUCCUGAUAUUUUGGAUAUCCUGCCUAUCUUUUUUAAAUACUUUAUUGAAACCACACAGAGUGGGAACUCUAAACAGAAAGCAUUAAUUCAACCUUAAAACCAGUGCCUUGGAAAUAUUAAUCACUCUUUGCACUUACUCUUGGGGAAAAUGCUCUCUUCUGAGUAACCCAUGAUAUCUUUCUGGAUACUGCAUUCAUUAAAAGCAGAGGGACAUUAUUCAUUUAAGUAGAAUAAAUUAUUUUUCAUAUUUUGUGAAAGCAAAUUUUAAUUAGGGAUAACUGAAAGAUAAAAUUUUAAUAAGGAUAUAUAAUAUAUGUUUAUAUGGCUUGAUGAAAAAUGUAUAGAGAAAAAAAAGCAUUUCUUCACCUUACAUGGAACUUAAAAUGACUACAAAACUAUCAUUUCCUAAAAUUAGUAAUCAAACAAAAAUAAAAUUGAAAGGAAUCCUGUUCAAGCUUAUCUGGGAGUAAAUUUACACGUCUGAACUCAUUGAAAGGGUUUGCACAGAACCAAGAAGAAGGGUGGGAGACAAAAAGCCUCAAAGGGGGGGGGGACAUAUUAAAAGGAAACUAGAGGGUCUUGGCUGAUAUUAUGGAAAUGCAGUAUUUUAUUGAUCCUGUGACCAAAUAAAUCCAAUUCAAAAAAUCCUGACCUCGGAUAGACACUUGCUGAACAUGGAAGUUCUAUUUUUGACACAAUUUGCUUUUACUGGAAGGGAUGCUCAUUAUCCCUUUGAUGAUACAGUCAUAACACCUCUUAGCAUUCCUUUGUAUUCAAAUAAUAUAUUGCCUACUUUUUAUGUCCUUUACAAAUAAAUGUGUUGAGGUUUGUGUCUUUGUAUGUAUGUAUGUACGCAAACACACAUGGGGGGGGGGUGUAGGGUGCCAAAAUGGGUCUUUGACAGAAAGCCUAGUUUCGGCCCUGCAAACCGUGUUGCUUUUAACAAACAGAAAAUGGAAAUAGCAUAUUUCUGAAAAUCUUCAUUAAAGAUCCUUGUUAACAGUCUGUAUGUGAAAAAAUCUGCUAUAGUUUUUAUAGCCAGUUAUUGUUGAUACUUUAUGCAAGGUUUAUAAAAAGGCAUAUAAUAUCAAAACCAUAUUAGGAUUCAAAGGGCUGCAGCUAAGUAAUACAAAUAUUAAAAUACCUGAGUUAGUAUAUUAAUUGGACUUUGCCUAUAUUCCAAAGGGCAGGAACAUUUAUGAGGUGGUUGAAGUAUUUAGGAUACAGAUCUGUAUGUCUUAGCAAAGAGCUUUUGAGCUUGGUUGCAGCUUUUGAAAUGGAAGAAUUCUUGGCCAAAACCUCAAAAUAGGAAGAGACUUCUUUUCAUUUGCUUUUAAGCAUGCAAGGCAAUCUUCUUUCCGAUCUCUGCCUUUUAUUAGGUAGCAUAAAUUAUACAAUGUUGCAUUUUGGAGCCAAAAGUAACCGUUGGAAGGCUCACUUCUAGUAGUUUAUCCUACCAACACAGAAAAUUGGUGCCAUCUAAUGGCCACUAGGCAGCAUAUCUUAAGGGAAUUGGAAUCUCCCUUGAUUAAACAAAUCUUUGCUGAUUUCUAGUCUGCUCGUAAUCUAUAAAAAUAUCCACUGUGGCACUCUAAUGUACAUUUUCCUACAGAAGGUCUAUAUAGUCCCCUCAUAUGUUCCUCAAACACCUGAAUAUGGCUUCACUCCCUCAAAACUUGGGAAAUGAUAAGGGCAGCCAUCACUCCCACCACAGAACAAGAUGAAUGAUAGUCUCUCUAUUUUUGUGGAAUAUAUGCUUUACAUACAAAUAUUAUGUAUUAAAACAGCAGCUUCUGCGUGAAAUCGAAACCUAUUAUGCAUUUAUUUAAUUAAAAAUGUAAUUAAUAAAUUUGAAUAUCAUUUUAAAAAUUC